UAUUAGUGGGACUUGAGACGAGAGAAAAAAAUCCGCCAUCGUUACAUAAAAUAAGAAAAUCUUUUGUUAAAAAAGAAAGCAUCAUAAGAAUGGCCACCCUCAUUGCUCCAGACCAUGCUGAUCCUUUUGCUGAUGCUGAGGCCCUCCACAAAGCAUGCAAAGGAUGGGGAACUAAUGAGAAGGGUAUCAUAGAAGUAAUUGGUCACAGAAAUGCAGGUCAAAGGAAGUUCAUCAAGGAGGCUUAUGAACAGAACUUCAAUGAAAAUCUUAUUAGGCGUUUUGAGAAAGAGCUUUCUGGGGAUUUUGAGAGAGCUGUGUACCGAUGGAUGUUAGACCCCUUGGAUCGGGAAGCUGUUUUAGCGAAUGUUGCUCUUAAGAAAUCAGAUUACAAAGUUAUCAUUGAGCUUUCUUGCAUUCCAUCUACGGAGGAGCUCUUGGCGAUCAAACGAGCCUACCAAGCUCGAUACAAGCAUAGCUUGGAGGAAGAUAUCGCUUCUCACUUCUCCGGUGACAUGCGCAAGUUGUUGCUUCUGCUGGUUAGUGUUUAUAGGUACGAAACAGAGGUGACCGAGCCCAAACUUGUGGAGACUGAGGCCGAAAUCCUGCACAAGUGUAUCAAGGACAAGGCCUAUAACCAUGAUGAGAUAGUAAGGAUCCUUACCACAAGGAGCAAGGCUCACCUUACUGCCACCUUUUACCGAUUCAGAGACGUUUACAGCACUCCCAUCACUAAGUUUUUGGCUUCUGAUCAAGACAAGGACUUUGUAUCCGCGCUUCAAACUGCAAUCCGAUGCAUUAAGUCCCCUCUUAAGUACCUGGAGAGGGUAUUGAGCGAUGCAAUCAAGAAGCGAGGAACCGACGAGGAUGCAUUGACAAGGGUGAUAGUCACAAGAGCUGAGAAGGAUUUGGGUGAGAUCAAGGAGUUAUUCUACAAGAGAAACAGUGUGACACUAGAGCAUGCUGUGGCUAAGGAAACUCGUGGAGAUUAUGAGAACUUCCUCCUUACUCUGCUGGGAAAAGAGCAUCAUUAAACCAUAAGAUCAUAUGUAAUUUGCUCUCCGGCCAUUUGCAGUGUCAUUUAUUAGCUUGUUUUAUGUGAAUCUUGUUGGACAUCAGUCUUGACAAGGCUUUAUGCAUUUUUCUCCCCCUUAUGUGUGUGCGCUAUGUAUUGCUCAGGAAUUUGAUGAUAUGAAAUGGAUUACCAUUUGAGUUUUA